AUGAUUGAAAAGUUUAGCCUCCAUGACAACGAGUGGUUGGGAGUAUUAUAUGCUGAGCGACAUAGGUGGAUUCCUGCCUAUGUGAAAGAUAUAUUUUGGGCUGGCAUGUCAACUACACAGCGAAGUAAGAGCAUGAAUGUGUUUUUUGAUGGCUAUGUCAACUCAAAGACUACUUUAAAGCAAUUUGUUGAACAGUACGACAAUGCAUUGAGAAGUAAGGUGGAGAAGGAGACCAAAGCAGACUUCAAAUCUCGAGACAGAUUGUAUGAUUGUUUAACGGUGUAUGAGUUUGAGAAGCAAUUUCGUGCAGCCUACACAAAUGCGAAAUUUAAAGAAGUUCAACUAGAAUUGAAGCGACUACUGUAUUGUCAUGCGAAUCUUGUGAAGAAGGAGGGAUCCAUUUGUACCUAUCAUGUCAAGGAAGCUGUGCUUGUGGGUGAGAAAAUGAAGAAAGUUGAAUUUAUUGUUUACUUUAAUUCAACUGAAUUUGAAAUGCAAUGUGUGUGUCGGUGGUUUGAGUUUAAGGGGAUCAUGUGUGCCCAUUCCCUUAGUGUGCUCAUUGAGAGGAGCAUAUAUGAGGUUCCUAAUAAGUACAUUAUGUCGAGGUGGAGAAAAGAUUUGGAAAGAGGAAAUUUCUUCAAACGAUGA